CGACUUAUAUCAAGGAGGAAGCAGUCUCAUUGGAAGAAACAAAUGUUGCUGAAGCUGCCAUUUAUCCAAUCAAUAGAGAUAUACAAAUGGACUAUACAUCAAAGUGUGAAACCGUAUCAAAUGAAAAACAAAUUCUUAUAACCAAUAAUAUUUAUACAGGCACAGACCAUACAGAGGCAGAAUAUCUACCUAACCUUAUUAAGGAAGAAUCUUUGUCAUGUGAAGCCAGCAAUCUCACCAGCUCUGAGGUUUAUACACCCACAGGAGAUAAACAUAUAGACAAUACAUCGAAUAAUGAAUCUGCAUCACAUAAACAAGGAAAUUUCAGAGAAUCUGGCAUUUAUACACCCAGAGAAUAUACACAGACAGAGUAUCUAUCUACUCCUGUUAAGGAAGAAUCAGCUUCAUAUCAAGAUGGAAAUCUCACCAUCUUAGACCUUCUUACCCCCACUCAUCAUACUGAAACACAAAACAAAGGAAAUAGUAACUGCGUUGAUGGUGCUAAGGUUUCAUCUACCAAUUCAGAGCUUGUUGAGCAGAAGAGUGUUAACAAAGGAAAUACAUUGACCAGUACAGAUUACAUUGGACAUGAGUGUUUUAAGCAGAAACCAUAUUUUAUGACAUGUAAGAGAGCUCAGAAAGACAAUAUAACUUCUUGUUCUGAAUGUGGGAAAUGUUUUGCUAGAAUGGCACAUCUUCGGAUACAUAUGAGGAUUCACACAGGAGAGAAACCAUUUUCAUGUUUAGAAUGUGGGAAAUGUUUUACUGAUCCUUCAAAUCUUAGGCAGCAUCAGAAGAGUCACACAGGAGAGAAACCAUUUUCCUGUUCUGAAUGCGAGAAAUGUUUUGCUCACAAGUCAACUCUUAAGAUACAUCAGAGGAUUCACACAGGAGAAAACACAUUUUCACGUUCAGAAUGUGGGAAAAGGUUAAAUCAAUUUUCACAUCUUAGGUUACAUCAGAAGAUUCACACAGGAGAGAAAACUAUUUCUUGUUCUGAAUGUGGGAAAUGUUUCACUGAUAUUUCAACUCUUAAUACUCAUCAAAAGAGUCACACAGGAGACAGACCAUUUUCUUGUUAUGAAUGCAAGAAAUGUUUUACUCGCAACUCAACUCUUAAGACACAUCAGAGGAUUCACACAGGAGAGAAACCAUUUUCUUGUUCUGAAUGUGGGAAAUGUUUCACUGAUACUUCAACUCUUAAUACUCAUCAAAAGAGUCACACAGGAGACAAACCAUUUUCUUGUUCUGAAUGCGAGAAAUGUUUUGCUCGCAAGUCAACUCUUAAGAAACAUCAGAGGAUUCACACAGGAGAGAAACUAUUUUCUUGUUCUGAAUGUGGGAAACACUUUGCUCAAAUGUCAGAUCUUAGGAGACAUAUGAGGUUGCACACAGGAGAGAAACCUUUUUCAUGUUCAGAAUGUGGGAAAUGUUUCACUCAAAUGACAAAUCUUAAGUCACACCAAAGGAUUCACACAGGAGAGAGAACAAUUUCUUGUUCUGAAUGUGGGAAAUAUUUUACUAUUCAUUCAAAUCUAAAGAAACAUCAGAGGAUUCACACAGGAGAAAAACCAUUUCCCUGUAGUGAAUGUGGAAAACGCUUUACUGAAAUGUCAACUCUUAAGAAUCAUAUGAAGAUUCAUUCAGGUGAGAAACCAUUUUCUUGUUCAGAAUGCGGGAAAUGUUUCACUCGGAGAUCAGGUCUUCACUCACAUAAGGUGAUUCAUACAAGAAUUCAUCCUGUUGCCCAGAACAUAGAAAAAUCUUUUUUGUAAACUUUAAGGCUUCAGAGAAUUCAUACAAAAUAACAGUUUUCAAAAGAAUAAAUAAAGAGAAAAUUCAAUUUGAAUCCCAAGUGAGUUUAAAAUCUAAAGGUAGACUAUAAGCAUUAUAACAAUUUCAUCUGACUUGAGUUGGUUAUAGUGCCUGCAGUCUCUUGGCAUACCAAUUCAUACCAGCAAAGUCUAAUGUAAUAUGCUGAAAGCAGUCAGCUGACACACUCAGCCAAUUCAGAAGCAAGAUGGGACUGUCAUUUAACAUGAAAAAUGGUUCAACGAGGGCGGGGCCUGACUGCCAAACUGAAUGGUCGCAUAUAACAACAGCUCCUGCAACCUUCCAACUUUAAAGGAACACUAUAGUCACCUAAAUUACUUUAGCUAAAUAAAGCAGUUUUAGUGUGUAGAUCA